UGCCCUCUCGAUCUUGCACCCGUCUGGCUGAGCACCAUAGCGCACCCAUGGAUGCAUACCCACAUUCUGCAUGUCACCGUCCGUCAAUCACCAUCACAGGUCCCUGCUGCGCAUGCAUCAUCUGAGGCAUAUCGCAAAACAACACGGCAUCACACGAGUGGCAACUCCGUGGCGACAUUGUGCCCAAGGGACAUUCGCCGCUCCCGAACAUAUCGCGACGAGAUUGUGCUAUUGUUGGACACGACGUUCCAACUUCCAAAACACCCUCCCCUGAGCACCGUCAAUACACUUUCAAUUGCUCCGAAGUAGCCAGGUCAGCCCUAGUUCUACCUCCUAGCCGAAACCGGCAAAUAUUCAGCCCUAUCGUGGUAUUGCAGCCACUUCCAGAUCGGUGAUCAGCCCUACUCCAGCCCUACCGAGUCCAGGUCGACCACGAGUCUCUCCACAUCCACGAGCUCACCUUUCCAUAUCCUCCCCUUCCAUUCUCGGAUCCGGCCAAGACGAGACGCGAAUACAUUGUAGUCGGUAGAACAUGGCUCCAUGGCUGCGGGUCCUAGAAGCCUACGCCGUCGAAGCCCUCCUCCGCACCCCCGCCUUCCACCGUGGCGUAGAAAAGGUCGCCAAGCAGGUCCAUCGGAUACGCCAUGGUCUGCCUCAUGAGGAGCCUGGCGGAACUAACAUUUCCGAUUCGUCGAAACCUGGCUUUGGAAAGCACUUCAUUGAGGAGUUGAAAGGGCAGCUGGGGCAAGCAGAAAGGCGAGAGCUAGAAGAGGCGGCGAUGAAGAAGAGGACGGACGGAAUAGAUGCAAGAGGUGCUGUGAGUGACGCUGAUACACAGCGCGCUGAGAGGGUGUGGCAAAGCAUGCAGUCUGCAAAGUCGGGACACACUGGCCAGGCGAGGAAGAGCACAGCACAAGAACAGGCCGAUGCGGAUGCUGCGUGGAGAGAGACGCAGGCCAGACUGAACGAGAAGCCAAAGGCGGGCUUUUUGGGCGCGUAUAUCGAUGCAAUCAAGGAGCAGAUUGGAAAUGGCAAAUCUUCGAGAUGAUGAUGCUGGCAGAUUCUCCUCGAACGUAUACACGGAUCACUCUGGACGCACCGCAGCAGGAACGGUCUGAAUGUGCCGCGAUACACCAGACAACGUUGGAUGUUACUCUCAAGAACGUCGGGCGUUGGCUGAAGGUUCUAUGAAGUCUGCGCGGGUGUGUAGAAGAGAUGGUUGCGCUGAUGAUCACGUGAUUCGUCAGCUCAUGAUUGCGCGGCAAACCAAACACUACCUAGGUACCUAAGCUACACUCAGUGUACUAUCGCCUCUCAUCGUAUCAGCAUGCAGGUCACAAUACCACCAGCGCUGGCGCCAUCGACGAUGGACGUCUGAAAAGUGGUCAGGUCAUCCCUAGUCAAUGAUAUCUCCCCGCCACCACGGAUUCUUUCGCUGUGCUCGACCAUACCUGUUUACAGCUUGACUAUUGGAACCUGUGGUUAUCCGGAAUUCUACUUAGCAAGCUACGAACUUACGAACACCACCGAUCACGCGGACGGCGAGACUGUGCCUUCCAGAUCAGGAUGCCAAAUCUGUAUCGGAGCCGCUCAAUAUUUGGCCCUUAUCUACUGCGGGAAGGCACUUUUCCUUCGCCCAAGCUGGACAAGAGCACCGGCUCAUCCAGCUCGCUCCUCGAAUGCGACAAUAGGCCGCGAUCACAAGUACUUAUGUGCGUAGCACUGUUUUGUAUGAGCGGUCUUCCAGUAGAAGCAGUCCGUAGGGAUGGUCACUAUAUACUGUAACACUCGCUUGCUUUGCUUCUACUUUCGAAGAGCGGAAGCCUUUCCUUUGAGGUUGUGAAAACUCUUACUACAGUGUAUUUUGGCCGAGGUCUGAAGUAUGACUUAGGAGAGAACUAGGAGAUGUAUUUGUUGAGAUCGAACGAAUGCACCCUGGUAGCGCUCGGGAUAUAGCUUGGAAGAACAGAAAGAUGGCUGAGGAGAUUGCAAAGGGCGUUCUGGCGAAGGCGAGGUGGAGUGAAAGCGAGCUUGUUAGUGAUGGUAAGCCGUAUGUAUAACGCCAUCGUCUUCAGAGCACUUUCAGAAGCUGUGGUGAACAAAUACAAUGUUGCGUUGGC